AUGGCACCAAAAUCGAAGAAGGGUGCCAACGCGCAGAAGUCGAAAGGUGGCGAAGAGGAGCGAGAAGAGCCUCUGCAGGCUGUGGUUUUCGCGGAUGCCUUCGAGACGACCUUUGCGCCUUUCACACUGGAGCGCCCACGAUGUCUGCUGCCACUGGCAAACACGCCGCUCAUCGAGUACACUUUCGACUUCCUGGCCAGCGCGGGUGUGGAGGAGACAAUCUUGUACUGUGGCAACCACAUUGAGCAGGUGGAGGAGUACUUCAAACGCUCGAAAUGGACCCGCGACACAGCGCCCUUCUCACUCGAGAUUAUCCGCUCGAACGCCCGCUCAGUCGGCGACGCAAUGCGGGACCUGGACCAGAAACAGCUGAUCACAGGUGACUUCAUCUGCGUAUAUGGAGACGUAGUCGCCAACGUCCCCAUGGAAGCGGCGAUAGCUGCACACCGGACCCGGAGAGAAAAAGACAAGAAGUCCAUCAUGACCAUGGUCCUGCGCGAAGCGGGCGACUUUCACCGCACCAAGUCGCAGAACAUCCGGCCUGCUUUCGUGAUCGACCCUGCAAGCGAACGGUGUGUGCAUUACGAGCAGGUGCGGCCGCGACAGACGCCACGACUGGACAUCGCGGAGGAGGUGCUCAAGGACCAUGUUGAGGUGGAGGUGAGGGAGGACCUCAUCGACUGUGGAAUCGACAUCUGCACGCCUGAAGUCCUGGCGCAGUACACAGACAACUUCGACUGGCAGGCUCCUCGGCGAGGGUUCCUUUAUGGUGUGCUAAAGGACUUUGAGACGAUGCAGCUUUCGGUGCACACGCAUAUUACUAGCGAAGGGUAUGCCGCACGGGUGAAGAACUUGCAGGCCUACGAUGCAGUCACGCGAGACGUCAUAUCGCGGUGGGCGUACCCGCUAUGUCCGGACGUCAACAUGCUUUCGGACCAGACGUAUCAGCUGCAGAAGGGCAACGUCUAUAAGGAAGACGGCGUGGUGUUGGCGCGGUCGAGUGUCGUCAAUCGGAAGUCUAUGCUGGGAAAGGCGACUUCUGUUGGCGGCGGUACUGUCAUCACUGAAAGCGUCAUUGGCAGACGAUGUGUGAUUGGCAAACGAGUCAAGCUGAGCGGCGCUUACAUCUGGGACGAUGCUCGAAUAGGUGAUGAUACUGUCAUCGAAAGAGCUAUUGUUGCAAAUGAGGCCGGCGUUGGCAAGAGAUGCCAUAUAAAGCCCGGUGCGCUGAUAUCAUAUGGCGUGAGAGUGGCAGAUGGUACUUCGGUUAUGGGCAGUAGCAGAGUGACGAAGUCCAAGCGGAGACGAUCUUCUGGUCCGAAUGAGCCUGUUAAAGCUACAACAGACCCGAAGAUCGUCGGUGAAGGCGGAGAGGGCUACGAGUUGGCCGUGGAUGAAGAUGAGGAUGAGACACUGGAGUCACUAGUACCCGGUGACAUCUACAACACGGCAGACGCUGCUUUCUCGGACGACUCGAUAUCGACAUUGGAUUCGGAGGACGAAGAAGACAGCUUAGACGAGGACGCUAAACGCCGUUCUUCACGCAGCGAGAGCUUCGCAUCCAUCAACUCGGACGAAAGCGGGGACACUCGAAGACGAGCAGCAGACUUCCAUCACGAGGCUACGGCUAGCAUCGUGGACGCUCUGCAGAAGAACGAAGAUGCCGAUACCAUUCAGCUCGAGCUACAAGCGCUGAAGCUCAGCAGCAACGCGGAAGACAAGCAAGUCCGCCGCACCGUCGCCGUAUCGCUCAUGAAGCGCAUCGCUGGUCUCGUCGAAUCUGGCACGUCACCUAAAGACGCCGUCUCAAAAGUGGUCCCGCCAAACAAGCUACUGAUACAGCGAUGUGUGGGUACAGACAAGGAGGAGUACUCGGAGCAAGUCGAGUUCUUGCUCUACAUGCAGACGGAUCUGGUGCAUCGGCAGCAAGGCGACAAGAUUCUGCUAUUUGCAUGCAAUGUGCUGGCUCAUGAUGAUCUGGUGGAGGCGGAGGGGUUCGAGCAAUGGUGGGAGGACCCGAGGAGUUCGGCGUCCGAGGAGCUGCAGGAUGUGAGGAGGGAGACGAAGCAGUUGGUUGAUGUGCUUGUCGGUGAUGAUGAAGAUGAAGAUGACGAGGAGGAUGAAGAUAGCGAGUAG